CGACUACGAAGUGGGUUUCAGAACCGAGCGCGCGUGCAUCAACGAAUGGCUCUUUUUUGAAGCGGAAACAAGAAGCUUCAAACUUCAGAUUUUGAGUUCCCGACAAGGCUGAAAUCUUGCUCACGCCGAUCUGGCUCGAUGCGACGUCGAACGAUCCUUUUCCAUCUUGCUUCUCGUUUCCCCCCACGUUACCACYUAGCUUUCCUCUUGUCAGCGUUGCUACAACAUUCGCUUCCGCACUCUUGGAAUCAUUGAAUUAUGGCGGAAUGGUACGAAGAAAACGAAGACGAAGCCGCUUCUUACUUCAGUGACGAUUCGUCCACUGAAGAAGAGCUGCUUCGCGUAGCAGAAAAGCUCGAGACGAUGCACAAGGAAAAAGAGCGAAACAAGAAAGAAGCAAAGAAAGACGAGGCCAUGAUCCGAGAUAUCGACGACCGCGAGGCAUCUCAAUGGUCGGUUUCUGAACCUCGUCGUCUCUGCCGUUCCCAGUCGAUCACGCGGCCGGAUCAAUCGCCGGAGUCCGAUUCUUUGUCCUUUCCCGCAAACACCGAGUCCCAUUUGCACAAGGAAAGUCCAGCUGCCAGCAGCCCAACCAAUGCAAGCAUUCACGGCUCGGAUAGUGACACGCGCGUCGGAACGAAAAGUACGGUCGACCCCGAUCGAAACGGCGGUGGGGGCGAUGGAAAGCGAUCGCUGGCCUCGCGAAGCGAUUGUAACGACGGGAAMAGCAGUAGAUGGCAAUUUCAAGCAUUGCGGCCCCCGCAAUCCGGUCGGAAAAGCAGCCAUGAACUGGUGGUUUCGAACCCAGGACCUUGUAAUGGUGCAUCGCGAAGCKAUAGGUUUGUCCGCAGGGGUGAAUCGGGAACGAAGAAGGACGAGCAAGAUAUGCUGGGGAAACGGCAAGAAUAUGCUUUGCCUCAUCCAUCUCGACAGCAACAAUACGAGAGCAUCCAUGAGACCAACACGAACGGCAAUGGCGAUGACGAAAAAUCCAUCGCUAGGAAUCAUCGUCGGGCUCAUGACGAUGAACCGACGAAGAAGGAGGGUAUCGUGGGUCUCACCCGGAAAGAGACAAACGAUUCUACGGAUAGCAGUAGCAGUAAUAGCAGCAGUAGCAGUAGCAAUAACAGCCGCAAUGGUGAAUGUGAGACUGAUCUCAGCGACGACGAUUCUACUUCAAUUUCCUCGACUUUGAUUUCCAUCGACAAGGCAUCUCUGAUAGUAGGGAAAGUUACGACACAAACAAAAAAGAUAGCGAACAUGGAUGUUGACACCCGUCGUUCGAAACAUUCGUCGGAAUCGGAAACCCCGUCUACAACUUCUACCAUGUCUUCCUCGUCUCCCCCUUGGUCUCAGAACAGUUUUGGAGCCACACAUACUUCGAAUGGAGCUGUUCCGAACGAUCCUAACUACGAGAGAAAGACGACUGCCAAAAAAUUCAAAUCUGAUAGGGGAGUUACGAAUCCUUUGGGAAGGAGUACCCUAUUGCAAAGAUCCACACCUACUCUUUUGCGAAAUCCAUACCUCCCUAAUGCCAUUGCAGAUCCAAACAAAACACGAGAAUCUUUGUCAUUGGAGAAGAUGGGGAAUAAUAAUCAACAAAGUCAAUCGAUAUUGAAAAAAAGGAAGGAGUUAAAGAGAUUCGACGAUGGUCAUUGCGAUGGCCUCCCUAUUGAUAUUACCAUCAGCGAUCAGAAAGAUGAAGGAGAACAAUCGAAACCGCUCACUUCAAAAGGGGCCGAAUCGUCGGCCUCGAUGGAGCAGAAGACUCGGCACUCCGUUCCAAAUGCUGAAAUGAUGAAGGUAUUCGAAGGUUUCGAAGCCAAGGGCGAUACCAACGAUAGCUGCGAGACAGUUGUCGUCACCGAUGAUCAUCGAGACGAGCCCGAAGAACCAGAGGUGUCGCAUGUCCUCUAUGCUCCACCCGUUUCUAGAGACGGCCGGCACACAGUUCCAAACGUACAGAAAUUCGAUUGUCGCAGCCAGCCCCUCCAUUCCAGAAAAACCAUCCCAGUCCGAACCUCCUAUCGUUUCUUCACGCCUCCGAUUGCCAAAUCAAUGUGGCCAAAGUUUGAUCGAUUCAAUCAUUUUCAGUCCGCAAUGCUCGAUGUAUUGUCCAAUUCCGACGACAGCGUAGUCGUGUCCGCACCAACGGGAGCCGGGAAGAGCACGAUUUUUGAAAUGGCGGUGGCACGGUUUCUAGCCAUGGACCUCGAAGCCCAGGAGCAGCAGGUGCACAGCAAUGGAUCCAGCUCGAAUCCACCUGUUCGGUCGCGAUCGCAAGAAAUCUCGAAAGCGCGAAAGAUCGUUUACAUCGCUCCGAGCAAAGCCCUUUGCCAGGAACGAUACGAAGAUUGGUCGCGAAAGCUUCAACAGAUGAAUUUAGGGCUGGAGGUGGCUUUGAUCACGGGGCAAGAUGCAGACAACGAGCACGCCAACAAUGCGUUAGCUGACUUAAUCGGCGGUCACCUCAUCGUGACGACGCCCGAAAAGUGGGAUUCGAUGACCCGGCGGUGGAACGAAAAGUUCUUUCUCUUUGCUUCCGUGAAGCUUCUUCUGCUGGACGAAGUGCAUCUUCUCGGUGACGAAAACCGAGGAUGGUGUCUGGAGUCUGUUAUAACCCGGAUGAAAACCAUUCACCGCGCUGCCACAGUGCUCCACACCGCCCCCCAAGUGAUCCGUACCUCCAGCUACCCCGAAACGAACCCAAACGCAAUCAAAUCAAGCUUUCGAAUGGUGGCCGUAUCAGCAACCCUCCCAAACAUCGCGGAUGUUGCAGAUUUCUUGCAAGCUAGAGAAGCAUACACCUUCGAUGACAGCUAUCGGCCAGUUUCUCUCACCAAGCACGUGAACGCAAUGGGAAGAGUAGGGAAGAACGAAUACAGGUUCUGGAACACUCUUAUCGACCACGUUCCUGAAAUCAUACGAAGAUUUUCUCACGGAAAGCAAUCCCUGAUUUUUUGUCACUCCAAAAACGAAACCGAACGACUAACGGAGUUACUCAUUCAAAAAAAGCUUGGGAACGAAGCUAAUGUAGUGGMCGGUCGACGUUGGAGUGAACCGGUCGGCAGAAUGCUUGCCCAUGGCAUUGCAUUUCACCAUGCAGGAUUGAGCAAGACCGAGCGCGAGAGAAUUGAAGAGGCGUUCCUCAACAAAACUAUCAAGUGCCUGACCGCUACAUCCACGCUCGCUGUAGGAGUAAAUCUUCCUGGUAUGUUGCGUCGGAAUGCUUGCUAACCUUGAUUCUUUGAUAUCCCAUAUAAUCCAUUACCUAACUUCUGUCUUGCUCGUCGUCAGCUCAUUUGGUGGUGGUUGUGGGAACAAAGGCAUAUCGUAGAACCAAAAUAGGCAAGGGGUCGAAGGCCGGCUACGAAGAUAUUGAAGUUAGUACACUGCUACAAAUGGUUGGACGCGCAGGUCGGCCRGGAUUGGAUUCCACAGGCGUUGCAGUUAUUUUGACGGAUGUCGAUUCGAAGAAAAAGAUUGAAAACAUCAUGCAGGCAGGAAUUGGGCCGGCUAAAUCAAAACUUGUCCCAAGAUUACCCGAGGUGAUAAACUCGGAAGUAUCGCAACGAGUCAUCACCUCGAAAGAGGGGGCGAUGCGUUGGUUACAAACAACAUUUCUUUUCUCUUGUAUGAAACACGACAGAGAUGCUGUUUCUUCUGCUCAAAACUUGACCAACGAAACCUUGGUGUGUCUGCGAGAGAUUGGCUUGGUAGAGGACGAAAAGACGGGUUUAAAACCCCAGGCAGGAUCUUUCAUAAUGAACAAACGCCUUAUUUCUUUUGAGGACAUGAAAGCAAUAUUUGCGUUCCCAUUUGAUGUGACCCAGUGUCAAGUGCUCAAGUCCAUAUCAAAGCUGAAAAGCCUCCAAAGUCACGUGAGGAACGACCAAAAGAGGCAGCUCAAAGAGUUUCACAAAACUGAACUCAUGAAAUACAAGUUACCAGGGCGGUUGUCAGAAUUCAGAGUCAAGGACGAAAGUGAAAAGGCUUUCAUUCUUCUUCAGAGCUACGUAUCACGACAUCGAUUCGCAAACAAAUUGCUAGAUGAGGAGCAAAUUACAGUUCGCAACGAGGCCAUCAAAUUUUUGGAAGCGGCACAAGAAUACAGUCUGAAAGCAUCGAAGCACGGAAAGGUAGCAUUUGAAUGUCACAGACUCCAAAGAUCGCUUGUCACAUGCCUUUGGGGUGAAUCUUCGGGCGUGUUCAACCAGUUCAGCUGGAUAGGUUCUUCCGCAACCGGUUCAAAUACGCUAGCAUUUGGUGGGAUAAAAACUUUUCAAGAUGCGUUCGAUUCUUCGGAACAAAAGCUGAACGAUCUUUUCUCGAAAGCCAAGAUCUUGUGGUUGCCAGAAAAUCCUGGCCGCGUAGUGAAGCAUACAGUCAAUGAUUUAUGUCGUCGAAGGCUCAGGUUAUCUGCAAAGAUUGAGUACACCAGGAACUCAAACUUACCAACAUAUCUACGUUGUACUUUGAAGUACAACGACCCAACUCUGACUAUAACAAGAAAUGAAGGAGGAUUGCAGGACUUCAAGUUUAGUCUCAUGGCAUACACAGAUAAUUCAAAGCAGUCGUGCUUAAUAUUUGAAGAUGAUGUUUACUCUCCAUCAUCCUUAUCUGUGCCGUUGCCUUCGUAUACGUUUAAAAAAAUUUACGUUCAUUUGAUGGGUACAUGGAUAGGAUUUGAUGAAACUCAAAUCAUUCAUGCAAGAAAAGGCUGUAUGAAUGCUGCAAAGGCAGAUAAUUCCGCGGCGCGGCGUCCCCAGAUCGAGAACGAAGAAGACACUACGACUACUAAGCGCAAGAUUCGUCAAACAGAGAGAUUGAUGUACCCGAAUCCGCAGCCCCAAAAAAGACAAGAUGAAACAACAAAGAAAUCAUCUAAAGAACCAUCUCCAAUAACACCUCCGAAUGACUAUCUAAGAUCUAUACCUAACCAGCAGUCUUUGCAAGAGUUUUGGAAGGAAUCGAACAGGAAUGGCCAAGCCGUUCAUCAAUCUCGGGCAGCUGACAAUAUAGUUCUGUCAAACCG